AGAAACGACACUAUAGAAGAAGAUACCGAACUGUUCAUGAAUCUCACUAGAGUGACGUUACCCACACUUCCAGAAUUCUUUGAAAAGUAUCGUAAAGGUGAAUACAGAUUCUUGGAAGAUGUUGACCUGAGGACUUUGCUCUACAAUGUUACGUUUAACUGUACUGAAAUGUUCAGCAGUUGCACUUUCAAGUCCCAUCAUGAAGAUUGCUGUAAGAUGUUUAUACCAACAUUUACCGAGUAUGGCAUCUGCUUUGUUUUCAAUUCUCAACAUCACGUCCAUAAAAUAUUGGACAUUGAGUAUCCAGAGGUAGCGAUUCAAAAGAUCCAAGAAACAGAUCCUGAUUGGGCAGUCAGAUUUGUGGUUAGAAACAUCGAAACUCCCUUUUGGAUUUAUAUUACAAGUUCCGACGAACUAGCCAGUACAGAUGUUCAACCCCACCAUAUCUGGGAUUUUAGGGUUGAGGAAGUAAUGUUUUCGGUUAAAGAAACUUACACCACCCCAGAUACAGCUCAACUCAGUAUAAAACAAAGACGGUGCGCUUUUGAUGAUGACAUAAAAUUGGUGGGCUAUACUGACUACUCUUAUACCUUAUGUACCAGGCAAUGCAGAAUGAACAACGCUUUGAGACAUUGCAAUUGCCUUCCCUAUUUCUUUCCACCUCACAACAAACAGUGUGACAUUCAUGGUUUAAUCUGCAUUGCGGAGAAAUUGGAAGAGAUUCAAAAUCUUGAUCACUGCCACUGUUAUUUGGGAUGUUCUAAUACGGUUUAUGAGGUGGAGAAACUAGAUGCUUUGGGAACUGGCCGCGACGAAAUUUGGAAGAGUACUUUGACCUGCAAAUUCGUUUCCUGGCCAAUGGUGAAAUACAAGAGAGAAGUACUUUUUGGUUGGGUGGACUUACUAGUCUCAUUUGGAGGCAUUGCAGGACUGUUUUUGGGAUUCAGCCUGUUAUCAGGGGUAGAAAUUGUUUACUACUUUACAAUAAGGGCCUUUUUCAUGUUAUUGAUGGAGAAAGAUGAGUUGAGAAGGAUAAAGAAAGAAGAAAGCAUGAAACCUGUUCCUGCAUAUGAUUUGAGCUUAACGCCUUAUUUUAUAUCGAAGCCUUUGCCUGGGUAUGGAAUUGAUCAGGUUUUGAAGAAUUACAAAAAGUCUGAAGAAAUGGGAAAACAAAUGGUGCUGGGACGAAGACGAUUGAAGCCACCUUCAGAUGUGGUGAUUCCACCUUUCGGUAUCGAUUUCAUACAUUGAACACUACGGUCUCUACAUUUUUUAUCCAAAUAUAGAGGUGGUGAAUAUUAAUUAUUGGACAUUGCCAAUCACCAUUUUGGUUUGCCGUUUGCCUGAAUCGUUCAAUCUGCAUCCUGCCAUCUCAAUCGGAUCUCUCGUAUCUAAUUUCGUAGAAUAAAUGAGUGUUUCUUUGUCUCAGGAAAACAAAAUAUAUUGAUUUCAAUUUUUAAAAGUGCAAAAUGUAUACUAAGUGAC